AUGGGGACCACGGUGAUCUCGUCCCUCACAGGCGGGAGCUUGAGGCGUACCCUGCGUGUGCAGAUGCCGCUUUCAAAGAACAUCCAGGGGGCCCAGGCGCCCAAGGGCCGCGCCCAGGGCCGGCUGCCGGGCCUACCGUCGCCCGCGCUCUGCUGCGCCUGCGGUCUGUGCGUGCUGCUGGCGGGCGUGAACGUGACACUGGUGGGUGCCUUUGCCUCCUUCCUGCCGGGGCACAACGCACCACUGAUCGUGGGGCCGACGCUGCUGGUGCUGGCGCUGGGCUUCUUCGCGGCCUGCUGCGUGUGUAGCGGCCGGGGCCCUGCGCCCCGCGCGCGCUCCUUGGCGGCUGCUGGCCGGGAUCCAGGCGCUGGGCGCGCCGGGCCCGUGGCGCUGGAGAUGGAGAGCAGCGAGCGCACGGCGCAGGACACCACAGCCGUGCAGCUCAGCCCCGCCGCCUCGGCCGCGUCCUCCGGCCGCUCCAGCCCCGGCCCCAGCCUCUUCGCCCUGGACCCGCCGGCCCCCACAGCCGUCUAUGUGCCACGACCCGAAGCAAACCAGCUCAACCUACCCAGGGAGCGGGCCGCCUCCUAG